AUGUGUCGAACAAAUUAUGUUGCAUCUUUUUUCAUGCCCCUCAUACUGUCCUCGAGGCCAUAUAUAAGUAAUUGGACUAUAAUUAGCAUGUUAUUAAGUGUGCUACUUGUAUAUUCUGGUUCCUCUUUGUAUGCGUCGUGGUACAAUGAUCCAACUAUGUUCAGGCCAAACCCGCAAGACUAUUUCAGGACAUCGCUGCUAGGAUUUCUAUCACCCGUUUUGAUUUAUUUUGUUAAGACAUUUAUACUUAACCUCCAUUCUUCCGAGAAGUUUUCUGUUCUGAAUAUGGCAUUUGACUAUGUAGUGACAGAUUGGUUCAUGUUACUGAUAGUGAUUGCUUUAGCGUACCCACAAGUACAGGAAGGGGGGAUUGGAGCAACUCCAUUAUUACUUGGAAAAGAAGAUGGCCCGAUAUUAUGGCAUAUUAUUCCAAGGCAAGCGUAUUUAUUUGGGCUCUGCUGGGCAGCAAAUGAACUUUUACUGUCUAUGUUAGGGAAUUUAAAUGCAUAUGAGGAGGUUCCAAUGACUGAAUGCGGUACAAGUACUUCUCUAGACUGCAAGCAACUUCUCAACGGGUCUUGUGAAGAGUUAGACACUCUGAGAAACAGUAUUUCUUUGUCCAAAUGCAUGGAUGUCAGGAGAAACUCAUCUAAAAUAUCAGAUAAUAUCUAUAAUACCUCAGCCAAGAGGAAAAAGUCGGCCGGUUAUGGAAGUAUAUGUGAUACAGGGAGAAUUAUUGAUGAUGAUGCGGUUGUUAUUGCCUUUUCUACGGAUAGUAUGAACUUCUUGAAAGAUCUGGAGGGCCGUCAUCCCACGUGGCUCCAAUCACGCGAAAUUGGAAGUCGGGGAGGCAGAUACAACCAUGAUGAAUAUAACGGAGUGAUAUAUUUCAGCAGAAUCUCCACAACUAGGUGCUUUUGGAGAAAACUUCUUAUUGCCAACGUUGUUGUGUUAGCCUAUAUCUUAGAGACUGUCGGGCAAGCAUUGAUAAUGUCAAUCUACUUUACCUAUGUGCCUAACCACGAUGAGUUGUUUACUGGCCCAGUUUUAUAUUUUGGUAAAAAAUCAUCAGUUUUCUUUAUGCUAACCGUAGUGUUGCCAUUUUCAAUUUUGAAUUUCCUCUAUCACGCAUUAUUAUACUAUUGGAAUAAUGAACCAUUACCGAAUACUGACCCAGAACGCUCUUCAACAAGGCAAUCAAGAGAAAUUGGUGAGCUUUUCAGCGCAGAUCCCACAAGUUUAAAUCUUAUCUCCUCAGAUCCAGAUGCAUAUUUCACUGUGGAUUCGAAUUAUAUGCAAAAUUCGUUGGCAGACCACGACGAUUCGAAUAAGAUCUUGCACAAGUUCCGCUGCCUUGUUUUAAAAUGGAGGAGAUUGGCAGCUAAUAGCUGGUUUUCAGUCGUAGGCUCAAUAUUAUGGUCAACCACAGUUUUUACCCUUGGCGUGCUGGCAACCAGGAAGUAA